CCAAGCCUUUCUUCUGAAAUUAGCUACGAUGAAGAUUCUAACGAUAGACUUCAGUAUAGGCUACUAGAACUAGUUAAUAUAGUUAUUUUAGGCCAAAUUGCAAGGAGCAAGAAACGGACAUCCUCCAACGAACGGUAAGCUCAGCGCAAAACAAGUUAAAUCACACAAAGCAUAGCUGAAGACCAAAUACCCCCAUAAUUUGUCACCAAAAACCAAAACUAUCACCCAUUUCUUUGCCUUACUUUCCCCCUCCCCUUUUUUCUGAUGAAUAUUCGGCUUUCUUUUGCUCUCCUCAUUAUCUUUUUGGCCUUAUCGGCGGAGUUGUCAUCCUCCUAUGGUAACAUGCAUUGGAGUCGAACCUCGUUCUCCAGCACGGUCCGCGAUGGAACUCUGGGUGCAAUGCAAACAUGUCAUGGCCUCUUCGGUGAAUGCAUAGGCAAUGAUGAAGAAACGGUGAUGGAAUCGGAUAUAAGCCGUAGGGCAUUAGCUGGACGGAAAAGGUACAUUAGCUACGGUGCCUUAAAGCGCGAUCGCGUUCCAUGCAAUCGUCGGGGCCAUUCCUACUAUAACUGUGGUGCUCCAGGGCGGGCUAAUCCUUACAAUAGAGGGUGCAGUGUGAUCACACAUUGCUAUCGAUACACUGGUUAAGUGAAGCAAUUCUAUUUCCAUUAAAUUUCCCAUACAUUUGUUCUUCAUCAUCACUUUUGUAG